ACCAAUCACCAGUUCACCACUAUCACACUCCCUAAACACACUAAAAGCCAAACCAACCAAAAUAUAUAUAAAUAAAAAUAAAAUAAACAAAUAAAACCUACGGUCUCUCCUUUUUCACAUUUCACUGAUCACUCACUCACUCACUCAGUAGUAGCUGCUAGCUGCAUGAAAACUCCUUCCUCAAACUUUCUCUCUCUAUAUAUUUGUUCAGUCAUGGCUGUACGCAUUCUUUCUUCAUCCAUAUGCAUGAUGUGAUUCUAAUGCUUCUUUUUCUUUCUCUUUUUCUUCUUCCAGUUCAACGCGAUCUAUCUUCCGUGGAUCCCUUAGCUUCCAUUUUAAUAAGUAAUAACUAACUAAUUAAUUAAGCUUUUUCUCUUUUUGCUCUUGACGUCGAUAAUUCAAUCAUUUCACCGAACCUAUGUUGGAUCUUAAUCUCAACGCCGAUUCCGCCUCCGGCAUCCAAAUGGAAAGUUCUGGAAGCUUCAAUUCCUCCCUCGCCAAUGCCGACACCGAGGACUCAUGCUCCUACGGCGGCGCUGAAGCCGUAGCAUACAACUUCGCCAUACUCAAGAACGCCUUCGGCGUGGACGGAGACGCUGGAGCUUCCGGAGACGACGGAUGUGUACGGACAAUCCAGCUUUUUCCGAUGAUCGGAGCCGGCGAUGGUGUUGCAGCUGAGAAGUUACGUGGCUCGUCAUCAGUGUUGGAAUUUGAGACGAAGGAGGAUCGCGGCGGUGGUAGUGCGACGGCGGUGGAGCAGAGAAUGGUUCCUCAGAGGGCGCAGCAGGUGAAAAAGAGUCGGCGUGGACCGAGGUCGCGAAGCUCGCAGUAUCGCGGCGUCACAUUUUAUCGAAGGACUGGACGAUGGGAAUCGCAUAUUUGGGACUGUGGGAAACAAGUGUACUUGGGUGGAUUUGACACAGCACAUGCUGCAGCUAGGGCAUAUGAUCGAGCUGCGAUCAAGUUCCGUGGCAUUGAUGCAGAUAUCAAUUUCAACGUCAGCGAUUAUGAUGAAGAUAUAAAGCAGAUGAGUAACUUCACAAAGGAAGAGUUUGUGCAUAUUCUGCGUAGGCAGAGCACUGGUUUUUCGAGGGGUAGCUCCAAAUACAGGGGAGUUACCCUGCACAAAUGUGGUAGAUGGGAAGCACGCAUGGGGCAGUUUCUCGGGAAAAAAUAUAUCUAUCUUGGCCUAUUCGAUAGCGAACUAGAGGCUGCAAGGGCAUAUGAUAGGGCUGCUAUAAAGUGCAAUGGAAGGGAAGCAGUUACUAACUUUGAGCCCAGCUCAUAUGAAGGAAAGGUAAAUUCUCAUGAUGAGAAUGAAGAUAACAGGCAAAGUCUUGAUCUUAAUUUGGGCAUAGCUCCCCCUUCUUUCUCUGAAGAACAAGUCAAUAACAUUCACAACAAUGGGAUUGGUUUCCAAUUUCAGCCUAGCUGGGAUGACAUCCCUAUUGAUAGGAGAUUUAUGUUUGAGCACUCUGCAUCAAGAUCACUGAAUACUCAGCCACCUCAUGGAUUCUCCAUAGCAUCUCAGCAUCCUUCUGCUUGGGGCAAUACUGAUUUCUUUCCCAUCUACAAGGAAAGAGCAAUAGAGAAUAUGAUGGAAGCCAAUCCCUUGCAAAAUUGGGCAUGGCAAGUCCAAGGUCAUUGUGGCGGGGCAACUCCAAUUCCACCUGUCUCUGCUGCAGCAUCAUCAGGAUUCCCUUCAACAUUAAUGCCAUCAGCUGCGGAUAAUCAAAUUCAUUUUCCAAACAAGACAUUCCUCUACCCUAACUUCCCUCCAUCGAUCGCCAAUUCCGGCACCAUAUCGCCCUUCUACUAAAGAAGCUGAAACCUCAACCCAGGUAGAGCAAUGCAACAUUUCCAAAUCCUUUUUUCUUGUCUUGGAUAGUUGAUAAAGUAGUAUGUUACUAAGAUGUAACAAUUGAUUCAAGACCUUUCACCGAUUGUCCUUUCAAGCUAAUUUUCUUAACUGUAAUUGCUAUAUGGCUACAAGGCAUGGUAGGUUUAACUGAAUCACUAUUGUAACUGCCUUCUUCUUUGAUCUGGUUGAUCACUAUUGCAAUGGGCAAGCAUUUUCUUUGAUAUGCAGUGCAGCAUUCACUUCCUAUGAAAUUGCAAACGAUGAUGUGGGCCA